AUGGCGGAUCGAUCGGCUAAUCAAUCUUGUUUUUUCAAUGUUGGAGGGUGUUUUUUCUCCAUACCUCGGGCUCGCCUGUCUUAUCUCCAAGACUCUUUGCUUUUUAAAGACUCUCAAAAUCAAGGGAGAUGGUUUAUCGACAGAGAUGGAUGCACAUUCAGGCAUGUACAAUAUUAUCUCCAAACUGGGAAACUAGCCACAUCAUGUUCAUCAGAGCUCAACAUAUUAUAUGAACUAACAGCAAGUCUACGCCUCAGCUCAUUACUCCAGGCCUUAGAACAUUUUCAAUCAGGCAAGCAUUACUUGCGUGCUCGGCCAGUAGACCUUCAAGUCGCUGAGAGAGCCACUCUGAAUUACUGGAAAACUCGCAUCUGCAACAAGAAGCAACCGGAAGUCAUUGCCAGUCCUGUUUCCUCAGUCCAUGAUGCGGUACCGCUGGGCCUAAUCGGGACCCCGCUGAUCGAUGGAGACGAGGAAGUGCUGUACUGUUUCCUGCCUAUGGAACAGAUCCGCCUGUACCCACACCUGGUGACGGCACACAACCUGCUCUGGCUUUGUGAUAAUGUGGCCAUCAUCGAGUGUGACAGCCCACUCUUCAGGUUCAUAGCUAAUUUCCUUCAAACGGGAAAGAUGUUGCUCCCGGAGCAGUUCAGUGAUUAUGAGAGGCUGAAAACGGAGGCCAGAUCAUCUGGCAUGUUCGACUUCAUGAAAGCUCUGCAGGUAUCACAUGAGGCUAGCUUCGAUGGUGACUUCCCUCCGGCGGCCCGUACCAGUGAGCUGUCGACCCCUCAGCCCCCCAAACCUCUGUAUGAGAUGACCUUUGACCUCCUGGUGAGGUAUCAAGACUCCGCUCUGGGUCAGCUCUACGUGGACGGAGACCUGCCCGGCAACAAGCUGUACCUGUGUGGAAACGGCGUCGUCUUCCAGCACGUGGAGAACUGGCUGGGAACAAGCCGUCUGCCUCUCACUGAGAGUGGGUCUGAGCUGCAGGGACUGUGUGAGUACCUGGACCAGCAGGAUGAGGCCUACCAGGCCUUUAAGGAGGUGCUGUGGGAGUUCCUACUCAGGAAGAAAACCCCAGGGGUGGCAACGUUCAGCGUUUAUAAAGUUGUUAAAGUUUAUGUUGGAACACACUGGUACGCCACUUACUUUAAAACCCUGUUAAAGUACCCAGAGCUGCUAUCCAACGUCAAGAAGACCAGCUGGAUCGUGUUCGGAGAGAGCCUUCUCGUUAAAGGAGACGGGCAAAUGUUCCGUCACGUACUCAACUUUCUGAGAUGCGGGCGGCUGUUGCUGCCCUCCGAGUUCAGGGAAUGGCAGUUGCUCCUCCAGGAGAUUGAGGACUUCCAGAUUCCCUCGCUGAGUGGCGCUCUUGAGGACUGCACAGAUUACAGGGCCUGGAUCCAGAGCAGAGGAACUUCCCACAAACUGUCCUCCUCUUCAGCCAUGCCCCUGCUUGUCUGCGACGGAGAACGCGGCAUUUCCUGUAGUGGUAAACAAGUCCAUGUUGUCCUUCCAGAUGUGGCCUUUGCAUGCUUCAGUCUGUCCUACGAGGAGAUAUUAUACGGACGGCAGUGCCAUGCCUUUCUGACGGGGGUCAUCCUAGACUCGGUCAGGUUACAGGACUCCCAGGACAACACCAUGAAGAUAGCCAACCUAGUCUACUCCCUCUGGACUAGACAGACUGAGGUGGAGGGCUUUGUCUCGGAGCUAAUGAGGAUCAUCUCACCUGGGAGACCGAGACAGAGGGAGCUGCUCCAGCGCUGGCUGAAGCUCACCCUGACCGUAGCCCAGCGCUACACGUCAUGUUUGGAGUUGCUGGGGAGACCACACUGCCGCACCAUCGCUCUGUUCCCAGGGGAACGGACCGCUCCUGUAUCUCUGGUCACCGCAGUGAGACUCACACACACACGUGCCCUCCAGAUGACCAAUGAACACACACACACACGUGCCCUCCAGACGACCAAUGAACACACACACACACACACGUGCCCUCCAGACGACCAAUGAAUACACACACACAUACACAGACCUGGAUACAAAGCAACCCAUCUUUAUUAAAUACGUGUGAACUUGUUAGGAUUAAGAAAUAUGACACUUAAGUACACAUUCAUGCUCCAGCUACGAGUGGAAAUGUGAUUAACAUUUUCUUUUGUGUGUUUUGUCGAUUUGAGAAUGGCACUUCAGUGAUUCCCUGCUUUUUCGCUGGUUAAUACAUACAUGUACAAAGUUAUCACAAUCUUAUUCUCCUACGGGCUAAUAUUUACAGACAAUGUACAUUUUGGUGUUCUUUCUUAAUGCCAUCUUUUUUUUUCUCAGAAAAUAUGAACAUGGAAAAAGUUGCAUUAGCUCUUAUUUAUCUAUAUCCCUCUCUCUCUGCCUCUCUCUCUCUCCUUCUCUCUCUCUCCUUCUCUCUCUCUCCAUCCCAGGCUGUUCCGUUUUCCAGCCCCUCUCAGGUGAGCAGCUGAGCCGGGCAUGGAGACGAAACACACCACACCAUCCACGAGAUGCAGGCACUACGGAAGUGGAAGCGGAAAAAAAAUAAACGAACUCGGUCGAGACGAAGGAACGAAACUCUUAAAACCAAACGACCGUGAGGAAAGAUCUUGACCCUUGACCCCGGGUCAAUCAAAGAACAGAGGAACAGACGCUGAAGUCAGAAGGGUCCUUUUAAAACACAGCCUUUUAUAAAAUGAAAAAUAAAAAGGCGUCUAUGCUUAUGAAGAGUAGUCCACAGUCCUGCCUCAGAUACCUUCCGCUAUCUGCCAUUUUCAAUUGCAGUCUGCAGCUAAAGUGGUCUAUGAGAAAACACAGGAGCAGUUUAUAACCGCGUUGUAAACUAGAACAAGAAUUAUUUACAGUUACCAAUAUAGUACAGAGAACUACUGCACCAGGAAAAAAAGAGGAUAAAUAUAAGGAUAUUUAAAUCAACUUUUUUUUUUUUUUUUUUU